CAAAUGAAAAUCUGGAUUUUUUUUAAAUAAUACAAAACCCUUCUUUUAUUAUUAAUAUACUUUCCUGCAAAUUGUGCAAAGGUUGUUUAUUUUCUGAUUUUUGGAAAACACCUAAUACUUCCAAAAAAAAAAUAAAAAAAAAUUGAAGAAGAGGGGUCUGAAUCUGUUCAAAACUUGAAAUUCGACCCCUCACUUUCUCUCGUCUUCGUUUUCCCAUUGAUGCCAUCUGCAAUUUCUGCUUUCUUAUUUGUUUUAGAGAGAGAAACAAAGCGCGGGACGCCCAAAUUUCUAUCUCUCUUCGAUAUGUACAGAGAGAAAGAAGCCACACAUAGCGCUUUCUCUCUCUUUAACUCAACCACCCUAUGUUUCUCAAUCGGGUGGUUGAUGUUCGAUGAUGGAGUUGCUUCUGAAUUUUACUAAAAGCCCUUAGAAGAGGUUGAAGGUGAAGUUAACAUUUGUGUUGGUUGUCGUUUCCUUUUCAAUAUUGUUUUGAAAGGAGUUUAGUUCUAGUUCUAGAAAUAUGAUGUGUAGUGGUGAGCCUUUGGAUUUGUAUAAGCUAUUCAUGGUGGUGAAGGAGAAAGGUGGCUAUGAUGCUGUUUGUAAGAAUAUGCUGUGGGAUUUGGUUGCGGAAGAAUAUGGCUUAGGUUUAAAUGUUGGUUCAUCUAUUGAACUUGUUUAUAGUAAGCACUUGAGUACACUAGAGACAUGGCUGAAGAAUGUUGCUGAUAGUAAGUUCCCUGAAUGUGGUUUAAUGGAUGAUAGGGUUAGUUUUGGUAAGAAGUUGAUGGAGGUGCAGGCUGAUUUCUUGUUAGAUGUUUAUAGCGAGGAAGGUGCAGGGGAUAAAAUUAAGACAGUAUGUGAUUUCGCAGAUGGAAGGAAGUUGUGUGGAACUAAUAGGGUUAGGGGAUUGAAUCCUGAGCUCAGCGGUGCAAAGAAAAUUGUUGAUUUGAAUGCACUGGACCAUAAGAUGAAUGGGCCUAGUAUUGGAAGCUUUUGCAGCAAUAACUUUUCAAAUAAUUCAAGUGAUAUACAGAACCAUUUGAAUGAAAUUAAGACAUCAACAGUGGACAUAUCUGAUGAAUCAAACAUAAUGCCUACAUUGUUGGAAGAAGGUGAUAGUUGUGAUAAAAAAUGAUGGUCAUGAUGACGACGAUGACGACGACGAUGAUGUGAUGGUAUUGGAUCCAUCCACUGUUAAUAAAGAGAGCUUUGGUAGAAAGAGGAAGAGAGAGUCUAUGUCUGAAAUGCUAAGCUGGCUUACUGGUAUUGCUAAGAAUCCUUGUGAUCCUGCAGUUGGUUCAAUGCCUGAAAAGUCAAAGUGGAAGUCUUAUGGUAGUGAGGAGAUCUGGAAGCAGGUUUUGCUGUUUCGGCAAGCCACCUAUUUUAGCAGUGAUCACGUCAGUUGGCAGAAGAUGCAUCCUUGCAUGUAUGAUGAUCAGGUUGGGGCAAACUACAACCUUAGAGAGAGGUUGAAAUCUGACAAGAAUUUAACUUGUGGUGUCUCUUCAAAUAUGGGAGGAAUACAGGGAGGUUCCGAGAGAAACCCAAGUCCUCAUUCAGAAGUGGAGAAACUGUUACUUGACCAAUGUAGCAUGGUGCCCAUUCCUGUUGGGCCAUCCCAUCAAGCUGAAGUGCCUGAAUGGACUGGUGUGGCAAUUGAAAGUGAUUCCAAGUGGUUGGGAAGCCAAAUAUGGCCAUCGGCAGAGAUAAAGUCCAAAGUCAUAGAAAGAGAUCCUAUUGGAGCAGGAAGGAAAGAUUCAUGUGGCUGUGAAGUACAAGGUUCUGUUGAGUGUGUCCGGUUCCACAUUGCUCAGAAAAGGGCUAAAGUUAAGUUGGAAUUGGGUGUGGCUUUUUAUCUGUGGAAUUUACACAAGACAGGUGAAGAUGUUAGGCGAUUGUGGACAGAAGACGAUGAGAAGAAGUUCAAGGAUGUGGUGAAAUUAAACCCUCCUUCACUUGAAAAAUGUUUUUGGGAUCAAAUUUUCAAAUCAUUUCCUACAAAGAGCAGGGAAGAUUUAGUAAGUUACUACUUCAAUGUCUUUAUUUUGCAGCGCAGAGGAUACCAAAAUAGGAAUACUCCGGAUGACAUUGACAGUGACGAUGAUGAAUCAGAAUAUGGUCCAUUGAAGAAUGCUUUUGGACAUCAAACACAUAGGUCGCGCAACAUCACCUUGUUGUCUCCCAAAAAGCCCAAGAAAACGGAACAUAGCAAGUGAAUGUCAUCCAAGUCAUUGGUUCCAUUGAGAAUGUAAAGUUCGGCAGCUUCACACGUCUUCAUGUCUCAGCAGUUUUCUUUACCAAUUGAUCUCUCUCCUUAAAAUCAUUAUUGUGUGCAUCUCUGCUGCAGCAAUUUUCAGUAUCAACAGAUCCUCCUAUCAUUGCUUAGAAUAUGAAAUCACCAUUGCUUUCAAGGAGUACAAGGCUCAAAUGAUUGAUUUGAUUUGGUUCGGUUUGGUUCAGGAUAGGAACAAUAUAGGACAGAUGAGAAAUGAUAUUCUGAUGGUGGAAGCUGCAAACUAUAAAGAUUUGAACGGCUUAGAAAUUGGAGUUGCAUUUAGCUUACAUGCCUCCAAUUUUGAGAUAUGCUUUCUGUCCAUCAUAAUAAUGCGUUGCAGCCCUGGGUGAUCUUGCACAAGUUUUUUUUUUUUUUUUUUUCUUUUCUCUUAUUUUAAAAUUCCUUGUUUUGAGUUUACGAGGGUUUAUUAAAAGUUGAAGAACUGCAUCAGGAAUAUAGAUCAAUAUUUUAUUUUGAGAGGUUGUGAACAAAUGCAUCAAGGUGUAAUUUAUAGUGUUGGGAAUUGAUUUUGUCAUUCCAAAUUUAAUUUUGCCAUUACGGGAAGGACAAUUGAUAUUCUUGAUUGUACUAGAAGUUUUUGUUACGGAUAAUGAGAUGGAUCGGGGACUUGCGAGUAAAA